AUGAAUGCAGUGAACUUGCUGCCUGAACUGACGGAGAGGAAGCAGUUGAUUGAUAAACACACAAACAUUGCAACUGUAUUAUUGGAUGGUAAAUUGCGGUUUGCAAUUUUGUAUCUAAUUUCUUCAGAAACUAUUACGUCAGAAGUAGAGGCUGUGGAAGCAGCACUUAGGGAGUCUGAGAUGAAUUCCGCGAGUAGAAAUAACAUUGUUGAUUGGGCAGAGAAACUACAUGGGCAGUCAAUCAGUGCUGUGACGGCUGGUGUGAAGAAUCUAUUGUCUACUGACAGGCAGCUAGCAUUGACAAGGACUGUGGAAGCUUUGAUGGAGGAACCAAAUCCAGAAAUUGAUCCGUACCAUGUUGAUCCUCGUGCUCCUAAGUCAGGCUCUGGUAGCAGCCACCUGAAGGGACCUUUUAAAGGUAUUGUUUUCAUGAUUGGUGGUGGUAACUAUAUGGAGUAUGGCAGCUUGCAAGAGCUUGCCAAGCGUCAGCAGUAUUAGCAUGUUAUAUAUGGAACAACAGAGAUUCUCACAGGUGAGUUUGUUGAUCAGCUUGCAUCGUUGGGUCAGAAGAUGGGAUUGGGCAACACAGGUGCCUCUUCAACCUGGUAACACAGAUACGUUAUGUAUAUGCUUUUCAGAGUCUUUUGUUUGAUGGCUUACGCACCAAAAGG